AUGGGUUUGAAGCUCAUGCAGUGCUAAUGGUUUACAUUUUCUGAAUGUAUUGGUAGUUCAAACUUUAAUUUUAAAUUAUUGGCGAUUAUGCUAUAAGAUAUCACUCUAUGUAAUAUUGCAUUAAAAUUGACAAAAGUAUUUUGUGCACUGUUAUCACAAACACGAUAAAAUGAAGAACAUAUAUUAUUAUUUCAAAUUAAUUGUGACCUUAUUCAAGUAAAUAUAUGUAAUCCAAGAUUUCUUUAUUUGAUUUAGAUCUCUAUUUAAAAUGGAUAUAGGUUUUAUAAUUAACAGACAUCCAACAUGCAGUGUGCAGAAAGAAAAAAACUUAAAAGAAAUAUGCUUGGCUUAAAAUACUAAAAAAAAAUGUCAGUUAAUCCCACAUCAGGAGAAGAAACCUACACCAGUGCACAGAUAACUUUCAACCUAAGCUACACUCUUACAAGUAAUUCCAUAGAAAACUGUUUGUGGUUACCUGAAGAACAGAUCUAAAUAAUAUAGACCUUUACUUGCUCAAAGACAAUCACCCAGUUCACAGACCAAAUAUUCUGAUCUUUCGUUUCUGGUCUGGCAAGAAUCUUUUAGCUAGAUUUACACUGGCACAUUUCCAGCAUACAUAUAUCUGUAAGGAGGUAUAAUGCAGAAGCCUGAAUAGCAGAAUUGCUAUUCUGAGAACUCAGUUUCCAUGGAUACAACACAAAUGUAGCUGUAAUUGUUUUUUCUGAGUGUGAGUGUUGAUAUUGCCUAUCUGUCAAUUAUUUGAUAGAGAAGUACUGUAGAUAUGUUACAAAUGGUAGAGGUGAUUGCUCUUAUUAUUGUUAUUAUUUCUCUUUGAAUCCCAUUGCUGUCAGUGCCUUAACUGCUAUAUUAAACGGUUGCUUUUAGACUGAUGCAGUCUGGCCUGAUAUUAUCUGGACUGUAUUGCCUGAUGGUAUUGUGUGCUUGCUGUAAUUAUUGUUUAGAAAUAAAGUCAUGGAUCAAUAUUAUGCUUUAUAGAAAGUGUUUCAAGGAUAUGUGGAAGCUCUAGAUAAUUGCCUGCCAAGUGAUUUCAUAUGAAAUGCUUAAAGCAACAAGUUCAAGCAUACCGUCUAAUAAAAGACUGUUUCAUUUUUUGAGGUAAAUGAUAUCAUUAACAGGACCAGGGCAUUGUUUGUUAUACCAAGAAUCACAGUCAAACAGGAAUUGAAAAUCCACAAAAAGGCAAAUAAGAUGGCAAAACUGGUUUGACAUUUUGUAUGGAAUCAGCUUCAAGGCCACAAUGUUUUACCAAGAAUGAAGAAUGACGGUGACAAGCGAGAAACAUGUUGAUGCCUCAUUUUGUACCAUGGAUUGUUUUGUACAUAAUCAUGAAUGCCCAUGACAUCAUUGUUGCAGAAAAGCACAAGCAACUCUGAAGAAAUGGAGUUAAGUUCUGCUGUAAAAGGCACUAGUCCUUUGCCAAAUCAUGGCAUUAAACGGCCUGGUGCUAAAUAUAGUAUUAAUGAUAGUCCAGAAGAAGCCACCUGUGGCAGUACAAGGCACUCAUUGGAUGUCAGAGUCAAUGUGGCUGACAAGGAAUUCUCGGAUAUUUCAGAGGCAUCAGGGGAAGAAAAUCCUGUGAACAGGCUACAUAACACUCCUUAUAAAAGAAUUGUGCACACAGCGCAGCAAAGUAUGCUGGCCUUCAUGGCAGUGACUUUCAUUUAUAUCUUGGCAGCAAUCAUCGUGUGCUGUCCUAUACUUGGGAUAACAUGCUUCAUGCUACCUGUGGGUAUGGCAGUAAAGCACAGUUUAGAUGCGUGUGGAUUUUGCUGCUCAGCGAGAACGUGCAGAUGUUACAAGGAGGAGCGAUUGUCUCAUUCAGAUGUUAUGCUUUUGCAUGAAACUCAAGAAAAUAAGGCCAUUUUUCAAACUAUGCUGGUGUUGGAAGGCGGUUUACAAAUAGGUAGACUGAGGGAUAUAAUCAAUUCCAGACUGAUAUGUGCACAAAAUGAAAAUGGCAGGUUGUACUACCCAAGGUUUAAACAGAAGGUAGUCUCUUUGUGUUGUGGAUAUGUUUGGAUGGACGAUUUAGACUUCAAUAUAUCAAACCAUAUACGCUUAAUGCCUAGCACCAUCAAAGACUGCAAAGAUCUUCAGGAGUACAUAUCCCACAUGUCAUCUAUGCAACUUUCAUUUGAACGUCCAUUGUGGGAAAUUCAGGUGCUUGAAUCUUUUGGAGAAAAGAAACAAAUGAUUUUAUUGCUGAGAACUCAUCCAAGUCUAUCUGAUGGGAUAUCAUUAGUGAAGAUAUUCCACAGAGCUGUGUCAGAUAGCCAAUCUACAUUAGAACUCAAGGCUCCUUUUGGAAGUAUAUCUGUGAUGUUCAAUGUUUUAAGGUCUUUUGUGAUUGGACCGCUGUGUUUCUUGACUUGUUUAUUUGGCCGUAAAGAUAAAAACAAACUUUUAAAGAGGAAACUAUCAGGGAAAAAAGUUGCCAUCUGGACAGAACCGUUCAGUUUGUUUGCAGCCAAUAAAAUACAGCAAAUAACAAGAACCAAGCUUGGUGAUAUAUUUUUAUCUGUGACUGCAGGGGGGAUACGGUUUUACCUUCAGUCCUUAGGUGACAACCUGCCAACAAAUAUCAAAGCCACCAUUCCUGUAGAUUUAAGAGAAAAUGAUAACUUUAACCUGGUUAUGGGCAACAUAUAUGCAAAUGUACCCGUACAAUUACCUGUGUCCACAGAGGGGGCCAUACCGAGGCUGUGGGAUCUUAGUCAAAUGAUGGAGCAAACCCGAGACUCUGCUUUGCCUGUGAUCUUGUAUGUGGUAUGGUGGAAUUUAUGUUAUAUUUUACCACUGAAACUCAGCAACAUUCUGCAGGAUAUUAUUAUAGGGAAAACGUCCUGUAUUGUAUCAAAUCUGCCAGGGCCUAACCAGAAAAUGAAAGUGGCUACUAAAGAGGUGAAGAGUAUAGUAUAUUGGACACCAACAAGGAGCAGUGUUGGACUGUCAGUUUCAUUUUUCACUUAUGGAAAUGACAUUAGAGUUGGUAUCUUGGCUGAUGAAGCAGUGGUGCCUGACCCUAAGUUACUUGCAAAGUACUUGUCACAACAGAUAAACAGUCUGGAGAGCAUGGUUGCUAACCGUCGUUUACCUGGAGAACAUAGUAAUCCUAGUUUUGUCUUAGGAGCUUCAAUAGUAAACCAGGCAAAGCAGCCAACAAUGGAAGAGCUCCAGUCACGUAUCAGUGCUAUCCAGUCUGAACUGACAUCUCUAAAGGCCAAGUACGAGACAGCAGAUGACAGUGAAUACACAGGUGAUCGGGAGCAGCUUGCCCAGCAGGUGGAAGUCUUGAAGAAGGAAUUUGAUGAACUACUGUCUCAGACCAAGAAAAAACGGGAAAGCUCCAACAGUACAAAUGAUGGAACAAAUAAGGUCAAAAAAGGCACCAAAGGUCACAGUGCAGCUGACAUGGGGGCAGUUCCUCAGAUAUCUCUUCCUUCCUCUCAACGUCCUCUUUCCACAUAUUCUACUGAUAGCUUGAACAGCAACCAUUCUGCUGACAUUGAACAAAAGCAGUGUCUUGCCAAUUUUAUCUGUGUCAAUUCUACAAGCCCUGUGCAUUGCAGACCCGGGUCCACCUCCAUGGCAGAUGUGGAGAUGAGUAUUGAAUUUCAUGAUCACCAGCAUAUGCCCUUGGAACAGAUGGAGAUGGAGGAUGAUUUUUCACCAAAAGUGGAAAGAAAAGGUCCUAACAAGUAUUCUGCUGAGUUGAAAGUCUCUACUUUGUGAAAAUAGGAGGUAGGAGGUAGCUCCCCAGAACCACAUGGGACAGUUUGUUUUAAAAAUCUAGGUCUGUUUUUCACAUUUAAAUCUUUUAGGUUUUAAAGUGCUAUUGUAUGUGUUGGUAAAAGAGUACAUCAGUCCAAUGAGUCUUGAACCAUGAUAUAUUAUAUGUAAUGAAUACAUGCAUUUUACUACCUCAGCUAAACCUUUACCAAGAAUAAGUUGAUUAUAUUAGAAUAUAUUUGUGAGAAAUUGCACAAAUGGAUUGAAUCAUGUACUGAAAUGACUUGAUUAAACUACACAUGUUGAAAAUAAUAUACUCUAUCAGAACAGCUUCGAAUAUAAAACUAAGUGAUAAGAAAUUAAACCUGAUAAGAACUUCAUGCUCUUUGUUUAUAUUUUUGAAAUAUGUUGUAAGUAAAUUUAUUUUUCAUUUUGAAUAUGACGCACCCUUUUUUAUAACAGACAGAAGUCUACAUUAACUUACAAUAUUAUGAUAGAAGACAUUCAUGCCAUUUUAGUUAAGCUGAACAAUUUUAUGGCUGUAAUGUUAGUUCUAAUGAGUGUUGCAAACAAGUUCUGAACUACUUACUAUUUAUUUUGACUUACAAAAUGUUGUAAGAUUGAUUAAGAUUGAUUAUAAUCAUCAAUAAGAUUAUUAGUGUGCAAGGGAAGUACCAGUUUUGCAUUAUACUAUGUAAAUGUUAUCUGAGUACUGAAGAUGUACUUAAAAUGUUAGACAUUACUAUA